CCGCGCGACCGGCGGGAGUUAACGAACGGCGUGCGUUUAGCACGCGCUUCCCAGCUAGACUUCUCGUUAGUACGGUAAAAGAGGCUCGACUCUCUGCGUGUGUCGAACGAGACUUAUCGUCGCCGUUCUUCUCAUCGUCGUUGUUGUCGUCGUCGUCGUCGUCGUCGUCGUCGUCGUCGUCGUCGUCAUCGUCGUCAUCGUCGUCAUCCUCGUUUUGUCGUCGUUUUGUCAUUAUCCGUUAUCGUGGCGUCGUCGCGAAAAGAGAAAAAAAAAAAGAAAACAAAAAAAGAAAAUUUACAAUAUCAAGAAAGCUUACGUUUUCGUCGUUACGAUCUAAUCGUUCUACCUUGUCCUACGUAUUUACACGAACAAUUACGGGAAUGGACGAAAAGAGAUAGGACGAAGAAUAAACAUCAUUACUACCACUACUAUAACUACCACCAUCGUCAUCAUACUACCAUCACUACUACCACCACCACACCAGCACCCCACCACUACCACCACCACCACCACCACCACUACCACUACUACUACUAGAAUCAGCACCAUUUCAGCGCUGUAGAUUACUAUCACUAACUAGUUACUACUAUUUACCUACUCGUAAGACUUGUAACGACCGAAGUCUAACUAAAGGGGUAGUAGUGACGAGGCAAGAAUGGAACGCUUCAGAGUAACGCCAGCAAAUAAUACGGCGCAGUAUACUCAACCAUUGCAACGAUCUUCUAUUCACGAACAUGAUCAAGCUCUCAAUGGCACCCAAGUGGAACGCCUUGUCGCCAUAUCGACCAAUGCCUGCGAUGGAGGUGGCGUCGGAGGGGACGGCGACCCCAUCGUGGGUGGCGGCAAUUCUGAGAAAAAGUCCGGCUAUGAAACGAAUCUCUACCUGUAUAGCGAGGAGAUGGAAGAUCGUCCUCGGAUAUCAACGUUGCUCAACAGUUUGGCAAAUUACAGCAAUACAAUUCCAGCUGCAACCGAUCUUGACAGCAAACCAGCACCAGCUGCAGGUGGUGGGGCUCGUAUGGGCACCCUCAUAGGCGUAUUUCUUCCCUGUAUACAAAAUAUAUUCGGUGUUAUUCUUUUUAUUCGUUUAACGUGGGUCGUCGGUACAGCCGGUGCGAUUCAAUGCUUCUUCAUCGUUUUAUGCUGUUGUUGCGUCACGAUGCUAACGGCGAUUAGUAUGAGCGCAAUUGCAACGAACGGUGUGGUACCAGCCGGUGGAUCAUACUUUAUGAUAUCAAGAAGUUUAGGUCCAGAGUUUGGUGGUGCCGUUGGCAUGUUGUUUUACACUGGUACCACAUUAGCAGCAGCCAUGUAUAUCAUCGGAGCUGUCGAAAUUGUUUUGACAUAUAUGGCUCCGAGUAUGAGUAUAUUUGGUGACUUUACAAAGGAUCCAAAUAUAAUGUACAAUAAUUUUCGAGUUUAUGGUACGGCCUUGCUCUUGGUAAUGGGUACGAUAGUGUUCGUCGGUGUUAAAUUCGUGAACAAAUUCGCCACGGUUGCCUUGGCUUGUGUUAUCCUCUCUAUCAUUGCUGUCUACGUUGGAUUGUUCGUGAAUUUCAACGGAAAUGAUUCCUUAAAAAUGUGUAUUCUUGGAAAGAGAUUAUUGAAAGAUCUCGAUGUAUUGACCCAAUGUAACAAGAAUACAGGUGGAUAUCUUUACAACGUAUAUUGCCAUAACGUUACCAAUACUACUACAACCAAAUGCGAUCCAUAUUAUUUGGAAAGUAAUGUUACCAUCAUAAAUGGUAUUCGCGGAUUGGCUAGUGGUGUAUUCUUGGAAAACAUAUGGGACAGUUUCCAAGAGGAUGGCCAAUUGAUAGCUUUUGGUAAUAAUCCUAAGGAUAUAGAUAACUUGUCUGGCAAAAGUUACAAUCAAAUUACGGUUGAUCUCACGACGUCAUUCACCAUUCUCAUUGGUAUAUUCUUCCCAUCGGUGACAGGUAUUAUGGCUGGAUCUAAUAGAUCUGGUGAUCUCGCAGACGCACAAAAAUCUAUUCCAAUUGGUACAAUUUGUGCAAUUUUGACAACUUCGACGGUCUACUUAUCAAACGUUCUACUGUUCGCUGGUACUGUGGACAAUCUAUUGUUGAGGGAUAAAUUUGGUCAGAGUAUAGGUGGCAAACUUGUAGUGGCUAAUAUCGCUUGGCCAAAUCAGUGGGUUAUACUGAUCGGUUCAUUCCUCUCGACUUUGGGUGCUGGUCUUCAAUCAUUGACAGGAGCACCAAGAUUGUUACAAGCAAUAGCCAAGGAUAGUAUUAUACCAUUCCUAACGCCAUUUGCUGUUAGCUCGAGCCGUGGCGAGCCUACACGUGCUCUCGUAUUAACCGUGAUAAUAUGUCAAUGUGGUAUAUUACUGGGUAACGUCGAUUACCUGGCACCCCUGCUUUCAAUGUUCUUCUUAAUGUGUUACGGUUUUGUUAACUUGGCCUGUGCUUUGCAAACUCUCCUCAGGACACCAAAUUGGCGACCACGUUUUAAGUAUUAUCAUUGGAGUUUAUCCUUCCUUGGAUUGGCCCUCUGCAUAGCUAUUAUGUUCAUGACCAGUUGGUACUAUGCCUUACUGGCAAUGGGUAUGGCAGGUUGUAUCUACAAAUACAUCGAAUAUCGUGGCGCCGAAAAGGAAUGGGGCGAUGGUAUACGUGGUCUAGCUUUAUCAGCAGCAAGAUACUCCCUUUUGAGACUUGAGGAAGGACCACCACAUACAAAGAAUUGGCGACCUCAGAUCUUGAUCUUGGCUAAGCUGACCGAUGAUCUUGUGCCAAAAUAUAGAAAACUAUUUGCUUUUGCCAGUCAGUUAAAAGCUGGUAAAGGUUUAACAAUCUGUGUCAGUUGCAUAGCCGGUGAUUAUAUUCAAAAUUCUGGUGAGGCUUUGGCCGCCAAACAGAGCUUACGUAACACCGCAAACGAAGAAAAGGUCAAAGGUUUCGUUGACGUUCUUGUAGCAGGGAACAUAGUUGAUGGACUUAGUUCUCUUGUACAGACCACCGGAUUGGGUGGGAUGAAACCUAAUACUGUUAUUCUUGGUUGGCCAUAUGGUUGGAAGAAAUCGGAGGAUAAAAGAAGUUGGAGAGUAUUUUUGCAAACUGUCAGAAGUGUUGCUGCAGCGCGAAUGGCUUUGCUUGUACCAAAGGGUAUUAACUUCUUCCCGGAUUCAACGGAAAAGGUUGUCGGCAAUAUUGAUGUUUGGUGGAUCGUACAUGACGGUGGUCUUUUAAUGUUAUUGCCCUUCCUCUUGAAACAACAUCGUACCUGGAAAAAUUGCAAAAUGAGGAUCUUCACUGUUGCACAAAUGGAAGACAAUUCUAUACAAAUGAAGAAAGAUUUGAAAAAGUUCCUUUACGAUCUCAGAAUUGAAGCGGAAGUUGAAAUCGUGGAAAUGAUGAACUCUGACAUCUCUGAAUAUACUUACGAAAGAACUUUACUGAUGGAACAAAGAAAUCAAGUAUGGCGAGAGUUGCAGUUAAAUACGAAGGAAUCUCGAGGAGUGGAUAAGGUGCAGACGUUGGUGGACUUCAACGAGGUACCCGCCGAGGAAAAAUUACCUCUGGUUCAGGCAAUUGUGGAUCAUCAUCACAACGUUGACGUCAAGGUACCAUCCAAAGUAAGAUUUCAAGAACCCGGUAGUCAGAAUACAAACGAAGGUGAGGAAGCACAAGAGAAACUUGUUCAGGAUUCAGAACAAAAGGAUUCAGAGGGAAUUGGUAACAGUGAGAAAUCCGAAGAGGAAUCUAAAGAUAAUCCAGACGAGGAAACGAAAUUGAUCGGUGGCUCGCCGAAAACGGAAAAUAAAGAGAAUGCUCAGAAAGAAGCUAAGGAAAAUGAACAAGAGAACAAAUCUGAUAGUCCAAGUUCUAAAAAACCACCUACGCUCAAGCCCGAUGAAAGUGACGUGAGACGUAUGCAUACAUCUGUAAAAUUGAACGAAGUAAUCGUGAAUAAGAGCCAUGACGCUCAAUUGGUCAUCCUUAAUCUACCUGGCCCACCGCGAGAUACAAAAAUGGAACGCGAAUCAAGCUAUAUGGAAUUCCUAGAAGUCUUGACGGAACGAUUGGAGAGGGUAUUAAUGGUGCGGGGUAGCGGACGAGAGGUCAUCACAAUCUACUCGUGAAUCUAUCGCGCAACCUUCAUGACAAAAGAAACAUCUAGUUUAUUUCUUAAAGACCUAAAACGAGUUCACAUUAAGGAACAUAUUAUUCUUGUGCCAUUAUAAAAGCGCAGAGAUAUUUAAUCUCCGUGCCUCCGUGCUGUGAAUCGCAACGAGUGUGAAAUCGCGACGACAGCUAUCGAAAAUCGAUCUUUUUAUGGAAACCUUAAAUUAAUUAUAAAUGGUUCCCCUUGAGUGAUCGAUAUGCAUUAAUUUCGCCGAUAUUGGGCGUAGAUUUAAUCCAAAAAGAGAUUAUAUCGUUUACGACGACGCGAUCGUAUUUGUACGAUCGUCGAGAUAUAAUAUUUAAUUGAUACUAAUUUUGAUCGACAAAAAAAAAUGAUGAAAAAAUUUUGGACUGGCCGCGGGGAUGGGACGUGAUCUGGGAAUGGUGGUGGGGGGGGGUGUGGUGGUGGACUUUAGAGUCAGGGAUGAAAAAAAAAAAUUAAAAGCAACAAACACAUAUAUACGUAUACAUAUAACUUGAAAGAUUGAUUAAAAUUGAUCGGAUACGGAAAGGUAAAACGAGAUAGAAAAAGAAAAAAGAGAGAAAUGAAAUAAAAAAAAAAAAAAAGGAAGAAAAGAAAGAUAAUCCAAAAUAAAUAUGAGAAUAAUAAUAAAUUAUAAAAAUAGUUUCCCGAGCUGAGAGAAAAAAAAAUGGAAAAGAAAGAAAACGAAAAAUAUUUCUUUUACACUUAUUAAAUUCUUAAAAACACUUUCGAUCUCUAAUCGCGUACUUUCAUUUGGAAAAGUGAACGAGGGAAAUGAAAAGGAUGGAGAAAAGAAAAAUAGAAAAAGAAUAAUAAUAAUAAUAAAAAAAAUUUAAUAAUAAAAAUACAUACAAGUAGUAGAGUAACUUAAUGACUUUUCGAGAGAUUCCAUAUACGACAUCACCACAUUGUUUUUACUGUCCUUCGACAUAUUAUAAGAGUUUUUGACAUUCGAUGAUGGAUACGCGCGAAGAUCUCAAAAAAAAAAGAAAAUAAAUAAAUAAAUAAAUAAAUAAAAAACAAUUGUUCGUAAAUAUAAAUUUACUUACAAGAAGAUCGACAAACAAAAAAAUCAAUAAAUAAAUAAAACAACAAUACGUACGUUUUGAGGCAGUUUUCGUCUUUGAAAAGAAGAAGAAGAGAAAAAAAAGAAAAAGAAAAAGAAAUAAAUAAAAGAAAAGAAAAUGAAGAAUAAUGGGGGAGGGGGAAAAAAGAAAAGAAAAACGUAAAAAAAAAACGAAAACAAGAAACGAAAGGAAAGGGAAGAAAAAAGUAAUAUUGACGAAGAAAAAGAGAGAGAGAGAGAGAGAGAGAGAGAGAGGGAGAGAAUAUAAUACGAUGAAUUAAUAAGAAAGAUGAGAAAUAAAUAGCACAUGUCCCGAUUGAAAUCAUUCUAAAAUAAUUUUCAUUAUGAAACCGAAAUCAAAAUUUGGUCCGAGGCUAAGGUCGAAGCAUCUACGAAACCACUGCCAGAAUACUUUCUAAAUGCUUCGCGUUUAACCAAAGACGCGAGAGGCUCAUUUUUCUACAUGCAUUGUCGUUUUAGAGAAAAAAAAAAAAAAAAGAUUAAAUAAAAAAUAAAACAUAUACAUUA